CUGUCGUAUUAUUUUCUCUGCAACAGCUGGGUCAGCCAGCAAUACACUUAUUAUUCUGACUUUGACACUCAGCGACGAACAUGUGCAACGACCAAGACGCGCCCCCGGCCAAUAAUGGACCGGUAAUUGUGGCUGAUGAAUUCACAGAUGAUAGCUCGUCGGAAAGAUUGUCGAGUAUAGCAUCCUCAAGCACGAGCUUAUCCAGUUCGAUUCUCCAACAUCGUAUCGAAAACGGGAGAACAUACCACAAAUACAAAGAGGGCAGAUACAACUACCCCAAUGAUGAGCGGGAGAACGAUCGAUUAGAUUUCCAACAUGAGCUCUUCCUUCUCACUCUUCACGACAAGCUUGGACUUGCUCCACCGAAUGAGCCCGACUCUAAAGUCAAGCGGGUGCUUGACAUUGGCACUGGCACGGGAAUCUGGGCCAUUGACUUCGCCGACGAACAUCCGGAGGCACUGGUAUACGGAGUGGAUCUUUCACCUACACAAACAACUGCCGUUCCGCCAAACGUCAAAUUUGAGGUCGAUGACAUAGAAGAGCCUUGGACAUACCAUCAGCCCUUCGAUUACAUCCACUGCCGUGCGAUGACAUCAUCUGUCUCCGACUGGAAGAGGUUAUUCAAGCAGGCCUUUGACCAUCUUGAGCCUGGGGGUUGGUUCGAGAUGCAGGAGGGUCACGUCCGACCCUUGUCCGACGAUGGCACCUUAACCAAGGAGCACUCCUUAUCCCAGUGGGCAAAUCACAUCGAGGAGGCCUGCAACAUCUUUGGCCGUCCCUUUGCAGAUGUGCCGGGCCUCGUGGAAGUCAUGAAGGAGGUGGGCUACGUCGACGUCACGUACAGCACCUUCAAGUGGCCCAUCAACACUUGGCCGAAAGACCCGCAUUACCGGACCCUCGGCCAGUUUAACCACGAGAAUUACAUGGACGGGAUUGAGGGUUUUACCCUUGCACCCUUCACUCGAGCUCUCGAGUGGACCCGGGAAGAGGUUGAUGUCUUCCUCAUCGGUGUUCGCAACGAUCUAAGGAACAGGAAUAUCCACGCGUAUAUUCCCAUUCAGUUGGUACAUGGACGCAAGCCUGAGGCAGUGCCGGAAACGGAUUGA